AACAAAAUUCUAGAAAUGACGCCCGAGGAGCGGGAAAAACUUUGCAUCGCAACUAAAACUGGAAUUGGUUUCAAGGACAACAAACCGGAUGUCUGCGGCAAGAAAGACUUCAUCGUAGAAGAAGGGCGAAAAUCGGCAGAGAGAUUGGGAUCUUAUAUCGAUAUUUUCUAUAUUCACCGAAUCGACCCCAGGACACCGAUUGAAGAAAGUAUGGAGGCUAUGAAAGUGUUGAUCAAAGAAGGGGUGAUCAAAGGAGUCGGCUUGAGUGAAGCGUCGGCCAUAACGAUCCGAAAAGCACACGCAGUUCAGCCAAUCACAGCAGUUGAAAUUGAGUAUUCGCUGUGGUCACGUGAUGUUGAGGAGGAAAUCAUUCCGACUUGCCGUGAAUUAGGAAUAGGAGUUGUCGCCUACUCGCCGUUAGGCCGAGGCUUUUUGACUGGUAGUUUUAAAAAGAGAGAAGAUUUGAAAGAGGGUGACUGGCGUCUGAACAACCCUAGAUUCGAAGAGGAAGCGAUGAAACAAAAUGCGAAAUUGGUUGAGAAGAUUGAAGCCAUGGCAGCUAGAAAGGGUGAUGGUUGUACUGCUUCAAAGCUAGCUUUAGCUUGGGUAAUGGCCCAAGGCGAGGAUAUUGUUCCCAUUCCAGGAACAUCGAAGGUUGAGAACUUGGACAAAAACGUUGACGCAGUGAAGUAUUCGCUCACAAAGGAAGAAGCACAAGAAUUGAGUGAAAUAAUGAAGCCUGAUUACGUCAUAGGCCGCAGAUAUGAAGCGGGUCAUUACACUCAUGACGAAAACUAAUGGAAUAUUUGCCUUCAAAAGUGUAGUCAGGGUUAUAUAGCAAUUAUAUACCUCUAUCAAUGCUUAAUCAAAUAAUUAUUUGAAGCUUAAAAUCUUUUUCCAAUAGAAGUAUUAUUUACUUUUGACCUAUUCAGCUAUAUAGUGCUUUCACAACAACUGCUAAUUUAAUAGAAAUUGUGUUAAUG